CAGUUUACUUGACAGUUUUAUUCAGUCAGUCGAAAAAUGGCUCGACGGACGUGGCAUAUGUUUACUGUGAUAACACUAAUAUUUACGAUUUUAUCACUCGUUGGGGAUGUAAGUACUUCAUCACCGGCACCAUGGUACGAGAACCUGCCCGCGGUGACCAUGGAUUACAAAGUUCACAUCGACGCGGGCAAAGAAGACUGUUACUUUCAAUACGUGCAGCCGGGAGCCACAUUUUACGCCAGCUAUCAGGUGUUGAAAGGAGGUGAUGGCAUGUGCGGGUUCGCGGUGCGGCACCCUAACGGGCAGAUCGUGCACCCGUACGAGUGGCGGCAGAGCGCGGAGUACGCGGACCAGUCGUCAUCAGGGGGCUACUACGCCGUGUGUAUCGACAACCAGUUCUCGCGGUUUGCGGGCAAGCUGGUCAACCUGUACCUGUCGGUGAUCCGCUACGACAUGUGGGAGAAGUACGCCAAGGAGGUGGAGGAGCUGGACAUGAACAUUAAGAACUUUACUUCGUCCAUCCAGCUGGUGGAGCGCAACAUAAAUGACAUCCUGCAGUACCAGUACCACUCGCGCGCGCGCGAGUCCCGCGACUACAACCUGUUGCAGGACAACAACACUUAUGUGCUCAGGUGGUCAUUCAUCCAGAUUCUGGCCAUCACUGCGACAGGGACAUUACAAGUUUACUUUUUAAGGAAACUCUUCGAAGUUAAGGACAACUCUUCAAAAACAAGAAUAUAAAUAGAGUAAGAGAAACACAUCUCAGACAAAACAGCCUGUUCACUUGCGCCGCUCUAGGCCUUAUCAGGGUUAGACUUAACACAUGUGAACAUUAGUCAUAAAUGUGUAGACUGUUUUGUCUGGGCGUUUAUAUUGUAAAAAUGCAUUUGUUAUCAGAAUUUUAAUAUGUUGACUGACUCUAACAUUCCUUCUUGAUUAAUUUCCAAUGAGUACUAAAUGGUGCAUGUAUUGAUUUCUUUUUCUAGGUUAACUUUUUUGUACCUA